CCCAGCAAACACAGUCACGUAACGUUACGUAAAAUACACGUACAUUUUUAGUAAAUUACGUCAUGUUACCUGAAUGGUACGUAAUAAUUUUAGUACGGGAAUCGUGUUGAAGACACGUCAUUUAUGGGUACGUAAAAGUUACGUAUUUUAAACGUUACAACUUACGUCGUUAGGUAUUAGGCAUUUUGAAUAAACAAAGGAGAAAAGUAUAUUAAAUUUAUUGUAUUUUGCGCGCGAAUGUUUUGUAGGUACGAACCAAUUAUGGUCUGUGAAACUUGCGUUUGCGCAUACUGCUACGAAACGGCGGAGGGCGAACCGCCAUUGGCGCCAUUUUAACGUUCAGCUUCAGAGUCAGUGAAAAACCGUGAAUUUUGACUGUGUCCAUACGUAAUCCAAGAGCAAAUUUCAUCUGACAUGGCUUACGCUGGUGUAGAGUUUGCAGACGACAAUGCAGUAGCGCUUAUUUGUAGUAGUUGGUUGACCCCAAGGAAAAAACAUUUAUAUUGGCCGCCUUACCAAUCUCAAGACCUCUACGAUAAAGCAUUAAGAAAAAAUGAACAUCAUGUUGAAAGUUGGGUGCAGUACAGUAUUAACCGAUGUUUUUUCUUUUGUGACGAUUUGGAAAAAGGAAAACGAAAAAUAAAAUUAGCGGAGGUAUCGUCAGAUAUUCAAAGUGAAGCAGAGGAAAUUCCGCAUAAAAGAAUUAGAAAACCUACGAGACGAUUGUGUGACAGCGACGAAGACGAGGAAGUAGUGCUUUUUAGUACAAAAAAUAUACGAGAGAAAUUAGAUAGUCAGAAAUUGCCAAGACCGCCUGCGAUUGAAGGAAAUUCAGACUGUUGUAAUUCAAAGCAGUUGCCAGCAGUAGUAGUUCCCGCUAGAAUCGACCAACCCUACAGCAGCACACCAACCAGUUCGAGAUCCUCAAGUACAUUAACUGUUAUAAGUGGACAAAGUGCCUCCGCCUCAUCGACGCCAGGGCAAAAUGUAUUACAUCUGAAUUCGCAGGCUGAAAGAAUUUGCGAAGCUGUAAAUGUGACUGAACGUAAAGAUAAUGAAAUCAUAAAGUUGCUACUAGAAAUUAAAGAACAAAAUAAACUACUUUUGGCACACUUGGAUAAAAAAAAUAACACAUACCCAGCUUCUUUGCCGGACAAUUUUCCAGAUCUUCCUUGCAAUUCGCAAAACGAUCUGGACAUACUAGACAAUUACCUUGAAGAUAAAGAGAAUUUGAAGUGUUUGAUGCAAUAUUUGUCCCAAGUAGGUGGCAAAGAAGUUGUCCCAAAAGUUAAUGCAAUUUUGAGGAAAUGUUUAAGUAACCAAUUGGCCUCCAAAUAUAGCUUCUUGGGCUCUAGGUUGGAGAAAAAAGCGUUUGCUAAUUUGCAUUUGAAGGAGGCAGUAGUAGGAGCAGUUAAAUUGGGUACUUCGGUGGAUAAUGAGCUACGAAUUGUAAAUGCAAUUAAAGAGUGGCUGAAGCACGCGCCCCAAAGGGUAAAAUUAGAAGAAGCCAAACAGAAACUGUAAAUAUUACUUAUUUAAGCUUUUAGUGUGUAAGUGUGGGGUAUUAAAAUGGAUAAAAUCACCAAAAAUUAUAAAUCUUUUGUGUCUCAACGGCAAUUAUAUAGAAGAAUUGCUAGAGAUAGAAAUCGUAUUAACCAGAUUUUACAUUCAUCUGAUACUGUGCAGCCAAUCAAUAUUACUAGUUUGCAUGAAGAUAGAUAUGAAAAUAUAUUUCAAAGUUCUGAAUCAACUUUUGCUGAUUUUAAUAGUAGCAUUUCUAAUAUUGCCUCUGCUGAGGCUCCUGAAGAAGCAGCAUCAGAUUUAGUCACUGAUAAUUCAAAUAACACUUCUACAUAUGAAACUAAGGGUAUCUGCACCACAUAUGGAAAUAGUGUUACAGAUUUUCCUGUAACAAGUCUUUCUGAUAGACUUCGUUAUUGGGCCACAAGUAAUGGUGUGACACGUACUCAUGUUACUAGUUUACUUCAUAUUUUAUCCGAUUACCAUCCAGAAUUACCUCUAGAUGCACGAACAUUGUUGAGAACUCAUAGACAAAUGACAAGUCGAAAAUUAAUUACUGGUGAAUAUUGCCAUUUUGGCAUUCUGAAUUUUUUUAAAACUUUUUUUCUCAAACAUCUUGAUUUACUUUCCAGACAUGCAAAACUCUCUCUAAGCUUCAAUGUUGACGGAAUUCCUUUAUAUCAUAGUAGUAACCUUCAAUUGUGGCCUAUUUUGGCACAAAUUAAAAAUUUUAAAAGCCAUCCUUUUGUGGUUGGAGUUUUUUGUGGGACUUCAAAGCCUUCUCCUUUGAAUAAUUUUUUGGAAGAUUUUAUUAACGAAUAUAAUAGUCUUUCUGAUGGUUUUACCCUUUAUGGUAUCAAAUGUGAAUUAAUUAUUCACAGUUUUAUUUGUGAUGCCCCCGCUCGUGCUUAUUUGAAGCAAAUUAAAAACCAUACUGGCUAUUCAUCAUGCGAAAAGUGCACCGUAUAUGGGGAAUAUCAUAACGGAAGGGUUGUUCUAAAUUCGCUAACUUCUCCUGAAAGAACCAAUGAUUCGUUUGUUCGUCAAAUUGAUGAAGAUCAUCACAUUGGAAUAUCUCCGCUAUUGAGUUUACCAAUUGGGUUAGUUACGGAAUUCCCUACUGACUAUAUGCACAAUAUUUGCUUGGGUGUCACAAGAAAAUUGCUAAACACUUGGAUUUGUGGACCUUUAAAUGUUAGAUUUAGUAGUCACAUAACUAAAACUGUUUCAAAUAAUUUAGAAUCAUUAAAGUUGUAUAUACCAAGCGAAUUCAAUAGAAAACCCAGAUCAUUAUCGGAAUUAAACCGAUGGAAAGCGACUGAGUUCCGCACAUUUCUUUUGUACCUUGGUCCGCUUGUUUUGCGAGGCAUUACAGAUCGUGCUAUAUAUGAAAAUUUUCUAUUGCUGCAUACUGCAACAACUAUAAUGGUUUGUGAUGCACAUAUUCAGAAAUUUAAUCCACAAUUUUGUAGUAAACUUCUAAAAACUUUUGUUAAGCAUUGUGAAGUUCUUUAUGGGUUACAAUUUAUUGUUUAUAAUGUACAUUUAUUGUCACAUAUUUACAACGACGUUAAACGCUAUGGAAAUUUAGAUACUUUCUCAGCAUUCCCCUUCGAAAAUUUUUUAGGCAAACUAAAACGACUUGUGAAAUCUACAGUAAAUCCAUUAAAAGAAAUACAUAACCGAAUUUUAGAAAUGGACUUACUGUCAUCAACUUGUUUCGAACAAGACAAUAUUAGUUUACAAUUUUUCUAUGAGCACAAUUUAGGACCACUAUUGGACAACAUAGAUAAUAAUGCAAUACAAUUUAAAAAGGUUUAUAUAAAAGAUUUCAUGUUAACAUGUAUUUCAUAUUCUGUAGCUAAUUGUUUUUGUUAUAUUGAUAAUUCUGUAAUUCAAAUUCAUAAUAUUCUAAAGUGUAAUAAUUCAUUAACAAUAAUUGGCAAAGAGUUCCUUUCUAUCCAAUCCAUGUAUUUUUACCCAAUAGAUUCAAAGCAUUUAAAAAUUUUUCUUGUUAGUGACAUAAGUAACAAUUUGAAAAUGUGGUGUAGAACAAACUCACUUGUAAAAUGUCUUUUGUUACCUAUCAAUUCUAAUAAUAAUGUAUGGAUGUCCAUGCCUAUUAUUCAUUCUGUGGAAAAUAAUACUAUAAGCUAGAUAUAACGCACAGUUUCCAACUUGUUAUCAUUAUUUUUAUUACCCCACACACGUACCUACAUAUAAUAUGUUCUAAGUUCAUUAUUAGUGUUAUUUUACUAUAGUAAAUGAUACAACAUUA